AUGGAUUUUUUGCCAAUAAAGAAGAGAAAUCGACCAAGCCUUGUCUGUGAACCCUGUAAAAGACGGAAAAUAAAGUGCGAUAAGGGUAGACCUUGUGAAUCUUGUACUAAAAAUAAUAUACCCCACAAAUGUACUUACAGUCCAACUACAAGGAAAGCUAAUGUAAGCUCAAAAGUUGCAAAAUCUGACGACGGUGCAACGCCCCGUGGUAGAGGAAUAACAGCUCCAGAUGCCGCUGCUAAUAACAGUGGAAGCAUACCUUCUGCGACUCACUCCAAUCCAAACUUUUAUACACCUGUGGACAGUGUUAGUAGCAAGGAACAGAUGGUGUUGGUAAGCAUUGGAGAAUUGAAUGGACUUAAGCAAAGACUACAUAAUCUUGAACAAGAUCUUCACAAAGGACUUUCUCAGACAAAAAAUGAACUUGAUCCCAAAAUUUCUUUCACUCCUGUUGACCAAGAUAAUUCUGACGACUUUUUUCAGACCUUCUACAAAGAAGUAGAUAUCAGAGUAGAUAGGAAUUCGAGAACAACUGUUUUAAACCAGUAUGUACUCAAUCCAAGUAUCCGUGAUGGUCUGUUUGACUCAACAGAUCAUAUAUGGAGAUAUUUACCAUCUAUUCGAGGACCCUUGUCUCCUGAUUCCGUGCAUAGUAAAUCACCAAGCUCUGCGAAAGAUUCCGCUGGUGAUAUAACUCCUACUUCCACGCACGAGUCAUAUUCAAAGGAUGGAGACGUAGGAUCUGCGGCUUAUAUGAUUGGGGUUAAUCCAUACUCGUCUAAUGAUGACGAUAUUAAUUUUUAUGAAAACUAUAACUCGGUGUUUCUUAAUGAGCCUUCACGAAGAACAAACUAUGGACCACUUUCAUGGGCUACAAUACUGAGAAAAGAUAAACUCUUGUCACUUCUAAAGAAGUUCAUGCAAGAACAACAGCAGGUAGGGAAAGAUAAACAGAAGGAUACUACCGCGGACGAGAACGAGAACGAGAACGAGAACAGAGCCAGCUUUGAAAAGAAAGAAUUGGAAAGUGAUGGAGUAGUUGAUUUAAUGCCAUAUGGCCGAGAGUCAGAUUCUUUGCCUGACAAAGAUCGGACACUGCAUGCAAAGUUUAGCUCAUAUUCACCAAGAGAUCAAACUAAUUUCAGACCUUCACCUUCUUCCAGUGCAGUUUCUUCUGUGGAUAGAUCAAGUAGCAGGAAAUGGCCCUCUCUAGAUUGUAAACCGCAAUUGAAGGUGUCAGAUACUACGAUAGUCCUGGGAAUCCAUGAUGGUCUGCUUGACAACGAACUUAAGCUUAUAUCAAAGAUCGAAUCUAUAUUACCAAAGCAGCGUGUUUUGUGGUUGUUGAUUCACCGCUUUUUCUCCUUUAUAUAUACAUUUUUGCCUUACAUUGACGAAAGAGACUUUCGUGGUGAAAUGAAUAGGAUAUUGGGUCCAGAAGAUUACAAAGAUCGGAAAAUUCUCCACUUGAAUAUCAACAAGCGGUUAGAUUUUGCGUACUUGGGGAUGCUUUUAAUUUUCCUUCGCUUUUCAUAUCUUUCAAUUGAGUCUAAGCAUUCAAAAUUCAGAGUGGAGCCUUCCUUGUCUCAAAAUUGUGAAUACUUACUUGCAAAUCCUAUUGAUACUAGUGUUAUUGAUGUUGCUAAGUCAUGUAUUAAUCAAUUUCAAAUCAUGAGGAAGUUCAACUUUACGGUAUUCCAGGCUACUUUUUAUCUCAGAAUGUACCAUAUUUUUGCCCCUGAAGAAGGUGAUGGAGCAGAUGGAGGAGACUCCUUGGUAUUUAACGGAUUGUUGGUACAGAUGGCAUAUUCCAUUGGGAUUCAUAGGGAGCCAGGAAAUUUUAAUGAUGACACAUUAAAAGACGAAAGAGUAAACCUGCUUGGAAGGAAAAUUUGGUAUCAUAUUUUGGUGCAAGAUUUUGUCAACUCUUAUACAUAUGGUACUCCUAUGGCUACAAAUGAAAUAUUUUAUGAUGCUAAAUUGCCAAAGAUAAUUCCCGGUGUGAACGAGAAUGUGAUGGAUACUGAGCUUGAGAAAUCUACGGUCCAAUAUUAUGGCAACUGCGAUGCUUUGCUUAGAGGGCCAAUGAGAAAUCUUCUCAGACUUGCAUUGAACGUUAAAAAGAAAGUCAAAAUGUCAGAAUUAACUAAGCAAUUGAACUUCUUGGAGAUUGGCACUUUUAACGCAUUUGGUAAGUUAGGAGACUAUAUCACGUUCUUGGAGGAUAAAGAUAUUGGAUUCCGCCUGUCAAAAGCUCAGCGGCUUAUAAUUGCUCUUUCAUUAAAAGCAUUCUACCUUUCAUUUUUUUAUCAUUUUCUCUUAUAUUAUGAAGAAAAGAAACAUCUGACGUUGAUGUUUUUCUAUUUAAAGAAGAUAUUGACAAUUGCGAUCUGUGAAAAUAUCCCUUUUUUAUAUCCUAUUAUUUAUGGGACUUAUGAUUUCUUUGAAGAUGGGGUGGAUUUAUUCAUUAAUCCGAAGUUCCUUCAUAUGCUUCACAGAACCAGUGAAAUUAAUAUUGCGGCUAUUGUGAGAGCUAAUUUUGUUCUUUUUGAGUUGAAGACGCACCCAAAUCAUGAGUUGAAUUUAAAAGUUGAUAAAGAAUACAAACAUUAUUUCGAAAGACUUCUUGUGCUUAUAGAGCAUAUGGAAAAGUGCGCAAGGUUGUGUAUUGCUGCUCUUACCGAGCUCAGUAGCAAGUACUAUUACGCAUGGGGAGCAGCAAGAAGCCAAUCAUUUAUUUACAAGAUUGUUACAAGUGAAGAAUUUUUUGUCCAAUCUGCAAGUAAAUAUGAUUGUUAUACUACAAAAUUGACUAUGAAUCAAGUUGAAGAAUUGAUUCAAUUAUAUGGCCCACCGUUGGAAUUAGCAGAGAAAAUUAUUAGGGAACAUUGUCAAGAUAUAGAUAGGGUCUCGAAUGUUUUUACAAAGAAGGCUACAGGAGAGACAAGAGAAACUCAGAAUAAUAUUAAUUAUCAGACUGCUACUACGAGAGAACAGAGUGGGGAUCGGACAACCGUAAUACCUCCAGGAAUUUCGGCGCAGAAUAAAUCAUUUAACUUCAACAAGAACUGGGAAAACACUCCGCGUAAUGCUUAUUCUCCUGUUCCAGAGACUCCUUCUUCUUUCCUACCCUCAUAUUCCAAUGUUAUUGCUAGUGAAUUUGAAGAUCUACAUUUUAGUAAUAGUGCAGAAGUUGACUCAGCGUGGUUGCAAAUGCUCACAUCUAAGAAUGAUAACAUUCACAGAUUAGAUAAUAUAAUGGGAAAUGAUAUAACUAAGAAUACUGCGGCACUGCUUGGGAACAGCUUUGGAGCUACUCCAAGUGACAGUAAAAUUAAAAAUGACGGAACUUUCGACUACAGUCAAGCUGAAAGUAAAUUAAAUGGAGAGGAUAGCCUAAUAGGGGAUGUUUGGUCUAGGGAUCAGAGCGAGCCCAUUAAUGUCAAGAGUUUGUUUCUGGACCUGAAACUGAAUUUCAGCUUUGAAGACUCCACUCACUUCAACUUUUUUAGUGAUUUACCAUUGGACAUGAUCUUUCGCGAAAACAGUUAG